AUGGAUCUAUUCAGCUUCUUGGAAGCAGUGGCUCCUCCAAAGAUCCGAAAGACAUCUCCAAUUUCAUCAACUCCCCCGACAAACCCUGUCUCUCCCGGCCAUCAUCUACAAAACUUGAAAGAAUGGCCGGAUAUUCGGAAUAAGGUCCACCAGUUGCUAGACCCUCUUCUGCAGCAGAAAAGUUCCCAAAAAACCCAGUCAAACGCAUUCCGUACCAUCGCAAAUAGGUUUAACCACGAGGCACAGCGAUGGUCUUCCUGCGGGAAUAAAUCGGACGUACUAAGACUCGGGGCCCAUGUCUACGAGCGACCCAGUGUUCGAAUUCUCUAUGAAUUAUUCUCUAUUGACAGUGAUUUUGGACAUCACAAGGGAGCCAUUGUCAUCGGCGACCCAGAUCGUGUCUUCUACACCUACACCUACACCUACACCGGAAAAUCUUACGAAAGAUCAAGGACCAAAUUCCUGAUCCAGUGGGAGCCCCCAUGGACAUUUUCCACGCCUCAAAACCUAAUUCAUCAUUUCAACGAUAACAGAGCUGAUUUAGACGACAAAGUCGUAAAAUUGGUUCACCAAAUAUACGGCUACAUGACAUUCAACAAUCUUACAUAUGGCGGAUUUUGCAAUUAUGAAGCUUUAUAUCUAUUCCGGAGAACUAGAGAUAACGGGUUGGAAGUUUCUCCCCCAUUCCUAUACAGUGACCCCGGUACCCGAGGUCCUGUAGCCGCUUUGAUGUACAUCUGCAAGCAGGCUGUCGAAGAACAUCAAUCUUUCAAUUCCUUCCCGAUAACCCACACCUUUAUUCUAGACGACCUAGAUAUAGAAGGAUCUUGGGAUGAAAACUUAACGGUGCCAUGGAAAGAUAUGGCCCUCAGGCUAAGUGGAACCGGGAGAAAGAAUAUUGCUACAGUAAUGUCGGGAGAAAUUCAACCCCGAGAGGACGUAAAAUUCCGAUAUAGCAGUCCGGCCUUUUUCAAAGUCUAUGACAUCACGAAACCAUAUAAUUUAGACUUUGCCCAUAAAGAAAUUUCUGCGUACAACCGCCUACACUCCCUACAAGGAAAAUACAUCCCGCGGCUCUACGCCGCAGGAUCAACUUGGAAGGCACUCAAAAUUCUCGUCAUCGAGGACUGUGGGCAAACCGCAUGUGAUGAAAAUAUGACAGAAGAGCUCUGGUCGCAAGCAAGAAAGGCAAUCGUCGCCAUCCAUAGGCAUGGAGCCAUCCACGGCGAUAUUCGCAUCGAGAAUUUCGUGAUUGCAAAGGGAACUAUUGAGGUCAUUGAUCUUGGCAUGUGCCGUCAGGGAACUCCGGCAGAGCAAGGUGCUGAGCUUGCAGAACUUGACAGGAUGAGGAAGAGUUGGGAAGCAGAGCAUACGUCUGAUCCUCAGUAA